AUGGGUUGCAACCUGAAGAGUGAAAAAGAGCUCAGAAAGGAAGGUAGAGGGGCGAUGGACACAAAAGUGACUGAAGAAGGGGAUGUUGUUAGAUGGCUUGACAACGGUAUUGUAAACAUCGCUUCUAUGCAAGUAGGGUGUGGUUCGGUUGGUGCGGCCAGCAGAUGGAGUGAUACAUCAAAGGGGCGGAUUGAAAUACCAUGCCCGAAAGCCAUUCUGGAGUACAACAAAUUCAUGAGAGGCGUUGACAAGCUAGAUUUGGUGAUGGCCAUCUACCCCAUGAAAGCGAAAACUAGAAAAUGGCCUGUCAGGAUAAUGUGCCAUUUCAUAUCACUGGCUUUGGCCAACCUAUGGUUGGAGUACGUGCGAGAUGCCAGCAACCAGGGACUUCCAAGAAGAAAGGCCCUUGACAUGCUCGCCUUCCGAACGGAUGUGGCUCUCACCCUUGCUCAAGUGAACAAGAGCGCACCAAGGAAGAGAGGGCGGCCGAGUUCUGACUCAGCUGAGGUGCCUACACGUCGCCCACACGAUUCUCAUCCAGCUCCACCCAAUGCAGUGAGGUACGAUGCGAAGGACCACUGGCCUCUGCAGUUCCAGAUGCCAUUUCCACAGCAGUGCAAGUAUGAAAAAUGUUCGGCCAAAACCAGGGUCCACUGCAGAAAAUACAAUGUUUUCCUGUGCAUCGCAGCUGAGAAGGACUGUUUUUUUCAUUUUCACAACCAGCGAACCAACGAAAGCACCAGCCACACCCAGUCUCGCACCCUGCGCAGUGAAUAUUAUUUCUCCUCCUUGUUGUAA